AUGGAAGCCGCCGUCAAGAGUGUGCCGGCGCAUCUCCGCAUGACCCUUGCCAUGCUGGCCUCGACCAGCGGAAUCUCCUCGACCACACUGUGGCGCCUGCUGAAGACCAAGAAACUGCGUCGACGCACCAGCCGCAUCAAGCCGAUGUUGACCGACAAGCACAAGACCGACCGCAUGACGUUUGCGCGCUCCUUCCUGCACGAGACCACCCGCCAAGGCAUGCGCUGGCACGACAUGCUCGACCGUGUUCACAUCGACGAGAAAUGGUUCUACAUCACCAUGGUCAACCGCCGGUACUACCUCUGGCACGACGAAGCCAUACCUGUGCGCAAGUGCUCAUCGAAGCGGCACAUCAUCAAGGUCAUGUUCCUUACUGCCGUGGCCCGUCCUCGUUUUGACCACGCAAAGAAAGCCAUGUGGGACGGCAAGAUCGGCAUGUGGCCCUUCGUGACCCAAGCUCCAGCACAGCGAGCCAGCAAGAACCGCGACCGAGGGACCAUGAUCACGACUCCAACGACCGUCACCAAGUAUUGA